AUGAGCUGUUCCUGUUACUACCAAGGCUAUGAUCAUCCUUUCACAUUUCUGCCAGCAGUUGUCACACCAUCUGAAGAUGUGUGCAGGAAUGGCUGGAUGGAUGUUUCUAUGAGUCCAUAUGUGCAUGCCAUGAUGAUUUUUUUGACAUUUUGGAUGGUUUCCUUAGGUGACAGCAUGGCCCCUCUGGAAGAUCCAAAGUUAUUUAAUGGCAUAAAGGGACGAAAUUGUCAUCAUUCUUCAGAGAAAUGCCAAAAGUUCCAAGUCACUUCUCUGUCAAAAUCUACCCAAAGGUGUAAAUAUAUUUUGAGAUAA